AUGGGUUGCAGCCAGCUGGUCGCGCCCGCCGCCGCUGCCGCCGGCCGGCCGCCGCCAUACUGCUCUUGGUACGGCGUCGGCUGCUGCACCGCGAAGCGUGCGGCCGAGGGCGGCUGCGACGCGAUCCACGGGGUGGCGCAGCUGGCGCUGCCGUCCGACAGCAUCAACGGCAGCUUGUCGGACCCGGCCCUCAUGGACGUCUUUGAGCUGCUGCACGCGUGCGGCAUGGUUGAGCUUGAUUUGGAGGCGAACGACAUCAGCGGGGAGCUGGGGCCGCGCUGGGAGCGGUUCACCAACCUGCAGGCGCUCAACCUAGCCAACAACUGGAUCGUGGGCACCAUCCCCUCGGAGCUGGCAGCCCUCAAGAAGCUGCGGCGUCUGGAGCUGGGCACGAACUUCCUGCAGGGCACCAUCGGCGCGUGGGUGGGCGGCCUGCGGCUGCUCGAGGUGCUAAGCCUGGGCGCCAACGGCGGCGUCAACCCGCCAGAGGAGGAGGGCGGCGAGGAGGUGGAGGGGCUGACGGGGCCGGUGCCGGACACGCUGACUCGGCUGACUAAGCUGGUGGAAUUGGACCUGCAGGCCAACUCUCUGACGGGGACCCUGUCCCCCAAGCUGUGCACGGCCAGCCCCGGGCUGGAGGUGCUCAAUGUGAGGGACAACAGCCUGGAGGGCCCGGUGGACCAGGUCGCGGCCUGCACGCGCCUCGUCAGCCUCGACCUGGGGCUGAAUUUCUUCACAGGCAGCCUGCCCGCCACGCCGGAGUGGAAGCACAUGGUGGCCCUCAACCUCGGGGACAACGACUUCUCAGGCACCGUGCCCCUCGACAUCUACUCCAUCCCCUUCCUGUCAUUCCUCGACAUCAGCAGCAAUAGGCAGGUCGCGAUGCUCCCCGCGACGGCUGAUUAUGGCCCGGGCCCCAUUCCCUCGGCUUUGACGCCGCGGGGUGAAGACUUCUUCUUCCUGCCGCAGCUAAGAUCGCUGAACCUCGCCAACAACAGCCUCACCGGCACGCUGCCGGCAUCGAUCGGGCUGGCUUAUGGCCUAAAGGAGCUCAACCUGAUGGGCAAUCCUGGUGUUGUGGGGCCCCUGCCCGACCAGACCGGCGGCCUGAGGUACCUCAAGAGUGUGCGCCUCAGGGGGACCAACAUGUCCUGCGCCCCGCCUGAGGCCGCACUUGCCGAGCCCGCCGACGGCGCCAGCAGCCCCGCCGCUCGCUGCACAGACGGCAGCCUGCUGCCCUGUUUCCUCGAAUUUGAGCCGUUCGACGUGCCGCUCUCGGACAGUAGCCACAUGCGCUGCCGUCCGGUACGGCGCAAGCCUGCCGCGGCCGUCGGGGGCGACUGCCCGGCCGAGGUCCGGGACCCGCAGGCCUCGGCCCUCGAGGAGUGGGACGGCGUCUUCUGGCCGGCCUACUUUCAGUUUCAGUCCUGCAGCUGCUUGGAGGGGUACCAGCCGAUCUGGAGCCGCAACGAGACCGCCCUGACGUGCGUCCUGGCGCGAAAGCAGCCGCUUCCUGCCUGGGCCUGGGCGCUGAUCUUCCUCGGCGCCGUCAGCGUGGCGCUGCUCGCGGCGGCGGCGCUGCUGGGCAGCCGUUGGGACGUGCUGCGCAGCAGGUGGAUGCGGGAUGCGGACUUGAAGCGCAAGCGCGCGCAAGGGACGCCGACGGGCGGCGCGGUCAGCGUGGUGGUGACUGAUAUCGAGGGCUACUCAGACAUGAUGAAGGCAAGUCCCUCCCACACAGUCAAGGCCCUUGCCCUGCACAACGCCGUGCUUCGCAAGGCCGCCCACAUCCACGCGGGCCACGUAUUCGAACAGGAGGGCGACAGCUGGGCAGUGGCGUUCCAGGACGCCUUUGAUGCAGCAGCCUUCUGCCUGCAGGUCCAGCAGGCGCUGCGGAAGGUCAACUGGCCGCUAGGCCUGGCAUCCAGGAACAGCACUACAAAAGACACCAGCACUUGGGUUUUUGGCAGCAUGACCGGCCUAGAAAUUGGGGACCAAAGCAUGCAGCUGGGCACAGCCACCAGCCUGACCGCCAGCGGGCUGCGGCAGGCGAGCUCGGCCGACCUCUCCGCGGGCGGCAGCGCAGGAGACAGCGGGAUGGGGCACUGGGUCCAGCCGCGCUCGGAGGGGCAGGACGGCGGCGGCGGUGGCGUGACCGGGGCCCUCGACCAGCGGCCGAGCGGGGUGGCGAGCCCAGCGGACAGCUGGUGGGGCAGCAGGAUGGGCAGCCUGUCGGGGGACUUGGGCGGCAAGAGGGGCGGCAGCGAACACGGGUACGCGUAUGGGCGCGCGUCCAAUGACGAAGGCGCCCUUGCGAGCCCGCGGCUGCGCUCCGGCGUCGGCGGCCCGGGCCGGCCGCCGCGGCGCACGCACAGCACGUUCCUCUCGCUGCUGCUGCGGCCAAGCGGUGGCGGGGGCCUCACGCCAGGGCAGCUGUUUUACGGAUUGCGCGUGCGGAUGGGGGUCGCCAGUGGGAAUCUGCAGGAAGGCGAGGAGGUCGCCAACAGCGCUGUGUUUGCGCUCGCCAAAGCCGUCUCUGACGUCGCCCAUGGCGGCCAGGUGCUACUGGACCUGGCCACCUUUGACGCAGUGAAAGACAGGAGGGAGGAGCUGGGUGCGGUCGACCACCACGGCUACAACGACAGCAUCCUGCACUCGCGGCGGCGCGGCCGCCUGCCGCCCUGCAAUCCGUGCUGGCGCUCGAGUGAGCACCAGAGCGCCGCACCCGUCGGCUCCAGCAGCGCUGUCAUCCUGGACAUGGGGGAGUUCGAGGCGCCCGGCCUCAACACGGCUGCCACCCAACCCAGCCACCGCCCCACCUCGACGGGGGCCGCAACAGGCGACCCGCCGCCCUUUGUUCCGAUCGUCCUACUCCCGUCGGCGCCGCCGGUGCCGGCGCCUCUGCCAGACAACCAAGCGUCGGCAGCAGCGGCAGACGUUGCUGCCGACGGCGGCAACGAAAUCAUUAGUGGGCACAGCGCGCCGCCGCGGCCGGCUGCAGCUGACCCCCCGCCUCGGCGCGUCCGCCUGUACAGCGUGCUCGCCCCCUGCCUCGCCGGCCGCGCGCGGCUGUGGGGCGCGCAGCUCGCCCUGCGCGACGCCUGGCGCCAGACAGACCGCGGGUUCUUUGACGCGCCCGGCGCGGCGCGCGCGGCGUGCGUCUCGCCCUGGGACGGCCCCAGGCCGCUGAGCGUCAUGCCGCUGGUCACCUUCGGCUUUGCCGAGGUUGAGGGCGGGCGCGAUCUGGUCAGGUCGCUCGGCGCCGCGGACGCGCGCGCGGUGGCGCGGCUGUUGAAGAUGGUGCUGGUCGCUGCCCUUGACGCGGUGCCCGGCGGUUACCUCUGCAGGGAGCAGGAGGGCUCUCUCAGGUACAUGCUGGUGUUCUCCAGCCCCAGCCGCGCGCUCAGGACCUGCCUGGCAAUCCAAGAGGCCCUCCUUUAUGCCCCCUGGCCGGCCGCGGUCCUCGCGGCGCCGGCCCUGGGCGAGCUGCGAGGGCCGCCCGCCCUUGCGACCGCGCCUGCGCUGGCGCCGCCGGCCGGCGCCAGCGGUCUCGGCGGCGGCGGAGGAGGAUUAGCAGGAGGAGGAGGGCUAGGGGCGGGAGCUGAGCCGGUGGGGCCGCUGCUGUUCCGAGGGCCGCGUGUCAAGAUUGGCCUGUGCCAGGGGCUGCCGCGCACCAUCACGCCAGAUCACCUGGGGCGCGCUGACUAUUUCGGAGAGUCGGUGAACUCGGCGGCCCGGUUUGUGGAUGCCGCCGCCCAUGGAGGCCAGGUGGUGUGCGCUGAGGGGCUGGCCGUCGCCCUGUUCAGGGACCUACAGUCACAGUCCGCACAAGACUCAGAGUGCAGCACAGAGGCCCCCGCCUCGGCCACCCAGCCAACACAUUACAGCGGCCCGGUCUCGGCGACCGGCGACCGCCGCACACACAGCACCAGCCGCCGCGCGCCAGAGCCUCGCAGCGCCGAUGCAGCUGCGGCGGCGGCGGUGGCGCAUGACGACAGCAUCGGGGGCAGCGGAGCUAGCCUGGUGGCAUUGAGCGGCGGCAUGUCAUCCCCGCGCGCAGAGCCCACCUCGUCGCAGCUGCUCGUCCACCUGACCCGGCCCGACGCGCGCCAAGUCAGCUUCAGCGAGCCGGCCGGCCGCGUUGCCACCAGCUCCGAGGCCGCGCCGCCGCCGCCGGCCGCGCCCGCCGCGGCCCAGAUCGCUGCCGGCCAGCCGCGGGUGCGCGUGGACAUACGCGCGGAGCACCUGGGCGGGUUCAUUUUCAAAGGCACAGAGCUAACGGAGAUGGUGGCCGUCUAUGCCGCCACCCUCUGUGGCCGCGCAGCAGCGCUGCCGCGCGCGGCGCCCAAGGGCGGCAAGGGCCGGCGCGUCACAGCGCGUGUGGGGACCGCGGCGGCAGCGAGCGCGCUGCUGCCAGACCUGCUGUCGGCGCCGCUGCGAGAAAGAUUUCUGGAGGUGGCCGCAGAGCAGGCGGCCGCGCCUGGCAUUGUGCAGGAGGGUGCGGGCGGCGAGGGUGCGGGCACGGGCGCUCUUGCGGGGGAGGGUCCUCCGGCGGCAGAGAGUGGAGUGGUGAACUAUGGGCAAUGGCUGGCGGCCGAGCUGACGCAGCGGCAACAGGCGCUGGUGCAGCAGCAGCAGCAGCAACAGCCACAGCAGCAGCCACAGCAGCAGCAACCGCAACAGCAGCACCAGCACGAGCAGCAGCAGCAGCAGCAGAGGCGGUACCAUCAACAACAGCACGCCAGGAGGGCUGCCAGCAGGUAA